CACUACGCGCACCAAAGCCUUCGGCUGCGGAAGCCCAGCCGACGGCGCGUUGGGCCCCUGUGUCGUCAAGGGCCAGAAGCAAAGGUUCCUAUGUUGACUAGUUGAAACAUAUAAGUAUGGCCUUCUACAGUUAUAAAACAAUCUUAUCUAUUGCCCGAACAAGAUUCCCUAGCUAUUUUGUCCAUCCUACCAGUUCUUCUUAUUCCCCAUCAUUUGCGUAUCUUCACUUGCCAGAUUCUCAUUUAAGUAAAACAUAUAUGAAGAACUGUGUAAGCAAGAAGUACUCCUACCCUAAUCAGUCAGGCAAUAAAGUACUUUACUUACGAACUAGAAUAAUACAAAAGUUACACACAUCAACUUGCUGGUUACAAGAAGUCCCUGGUAAACCCCAGCUGGAUCAAACCCCAAAAAAGCCACAGGUGACAAGCCCUCAGCCCUCAGAAGAAACUGGCACAAAGAUUAAGGAAGAAAAGCAAUCUUAUAGACAAAGAAUUAUGGAUGAACUUAAAUAUUAUUACAAUGGAUUCUACUUGCUAUGGAUUGACACCAAAGUUGCUGCCAGGAUGGUUUGGAGGCUGCUGCAUGGACAGGUGCUGACCAGACGAGAAAGACGAAGGCUCUUGAGGACUUGUGCCGAUUUUUUCCGCCUGGUUCCAUUUAUGGUGUUCAUAAUUGUACCCUUCAUGGAAUUCUUAUUACCAGCAUUUCUGAAAUUCUUCCCAGAGAUGUUACCAUCAACUUUUGAAAGUGAAUCCAAAAAGGAGGAAAAACAGAAAAAGAAAAUGGCUGCAAAGUUGGAACUAGCAAAAUUUCUUCAAGAAACAAUUACAGAAAUGGCAAGGAGGAACAGGGCCAAGCUGGGAGACGCCUCCAUACAGUUCUCAUCCUAUGUCAAACAGGUCCAGACAGGCCACAAGCCCAGCACAAAGGAGAUAGUUCGCUUUUCCAAACUAUUUGAGGAUCAGCUAACCCUGGAGCACCUAGAUCGACCUCAGCUGGUUGCCCUUUGCAAGCUGCUAGAAUUGCAGUCCUUUGGAACCAACAAUUUGCUCCGCUUUCAACUUCUGAUGAAACUAAAGUCUAUAAAAGCAGAUGAUGAAGUAAUUGCCAGAGAAGGGGUGAGUGCUUUGAGCGUGUCAGAACUGCAGGCUGCCUGCAGGGCUCGAGGGAUGAGAUCCCUGGGUCUCACAGAAGAGCAACUGAGACAGCAGCUCACAGAGUGGCAGGACCUCCACCUGAAGGAGAAUGUCCCUCCUUCUCUGUUGCUUCUGUCACGAACCUUCUACCUGAUAGAUGUGAAGCCAAAGCCAAUUGAGAUACCUCUAAGUGGGGAGUCUCCCAAAACAGAUAUUCCUGUGGAAUCACCUACUUCUCCUGAAUCUAAAGAGAUGCUGGUGGAUUUAGCACCUCCACUGAAGGGAACUAAGGAUGAAAAAUUUAUACAACUGCCACCAGUUCCAUCAUCAUCCAUAACAGCAACACCUAUUUCGUUACCUAAAGGACCCAUCACUUCUGCUAAAGAAGCUACACUCCAGGUCAAAUCACAAAAGAUAACGCAGAACAGCAAGGCUAGUUCAAAAGGAACAUAAGGACUACUGGAGGAUGAAGCUCAGUCCUCAGCUUCCUGCCCUCGGCGGUGGCCUCCAUACAGGACCGCCCAGACCAUCUGUCUGGUUGAAGCAGAGGAUCAGCCAUGUUGUCCUUGAGGCAGUCCUUUGAGGCCUUGUAGCCAUUCCAGAUGAUGUCAGCAGUGAGACCAAGUUCAGACCAUUUAGAAAUAUAAUUGCAAAGCCAACUUCCUCUGUACCAUUAUGUCAUCCCACCAAACUGUGUAAAGCCCCCUCCCCAUGUUAUGUUUGAACAGUUUCAUAUUUGUGUGCAUGUCCUUUAAGGGAGAGGAUUUUUUGCAUAACGGAAUCAGCUUGGCACCUUAGAUUCCUCAAUUCAGAACUUGGAAACUCUGAAACCCCACUAAGGCCACCUAACUUUUCCAGUGAUCCAUCAGUAGGAACAGUGCCCUGGAAACAAAGCACCUUAUGGGAUGGAAUGGAUGUACUCUCCGGUAAGGUCUUUCUGGAUAUAAAGAAGAAAAAAGCUUUUUGGAGAAGAAAAUGGGGAGUUAAACAGAAUGGCAAUCAAAAAGGCCUGGCUGCUGGGAGGCCUCCCCCUCUGGGCCCUGCAGAGGCUGCAGGAAUCUGGGAGGCUGCCACUACUCUAGCACAUGUGGCUUUCAUUAGCCACCAUUUUGCCAGGGAACAUAAUGAAGGGUUUAAGACUUAACCAUUUGUCUGUGCUGGGUGUGUUUUUCUGGUCUGUUUCUUUCACAAACAAGACCAUUUGUUAGUCAUAGGGCUGGUUAAAGUCUGAUAUAAUCCCCAUGCACCCAGUAACGAGUGUUAUAUUCAGAGAUACGUAUGUUCGGUGUUUUCAGGAUCAUCAGUCCUAAAAAAACAUAAUACAUUGCCAUGCAGCUGACCAGCGGCUUUCUUCCCUUGGGGAGUGCUUAGGAAGAAUAGAUACUUUGGCUUGUGGGUGAUGAAAUUGGUUUUCUUAGCUCGCUGUGAAAUUGAAAGCAAUUAGAUGGGAGCCAUUUAAACCAAGUACAACUCCAGUCUCCCUCUCUGGGAUCACCUAAGUGAGGACUGUCAUCGGUGCUUCCCAGCAAGGAGAUGUAUUUUACAGUGCCUUUUAAGCCUCCUCUCCACCAGAGGAAAAGCCCAAAAUGGCCUGCUGACGAACUCCAGUUCCUUGAGAAUGAUGAAUCCCUACUAUGCAGCAUUCUGUGGAUCUUGCCAUUGGCCGAGUUAUUAGGGUGAUUCACAAUAAAUUUUCCCAUUUUUAAAAUGAUGGUUGUUUGUUUUAAUUAGCUCACAUUUCAAGUGUUGAAUGUGGGAAAGGGAUUAGCUUUGAAUUUAGCUUGUUCAAUCCUGUUUUAGCUGAAUGAUUCUUAAGUACUGUUGGGCUGUUCCACAGUUCUUUCUGGCUAUAGGGCAGAGUGGGAAUGGUUAGGGCAAGGGGUCAGUUCUGGCCUCCGUGGGUCCUCACCCAUUUUUUUCCUACAUCUUGGCCUCUGAGACACUAGAUAUGCCCCUCUUCCCGUUCUUAGGAUAGAGGCUCAGAGAAGUUUAGGAGGUUUCUCUGGUCCCAUCACAUAGAGCUCUUGGCUGUUGGGCUCUGUAGGAUUGCUAAAUCUAGCCUUGUGGCUCAAACUGAGCUAGUGGUGUUCUGGUAAAUGAUUAACAACCAAGACUGGUUGGUGGAGAGGGGGUGCCUGGAUUUGUAGCAUUCGAUUUCAAGCUGCUGGCAAGAGGUUGCUGAAGACGUUGUGCACAACCAGCUUCAGAACAAGCCCCAGCACACCACUGAUCCCAGCUCUCCUUGAGGAACAAGGGACAAAUCUAUAGUUGGCAGAUGUUCAUUAGAGGUGUCACUUCUGUGCUCCCAACACAAACAUUUGGGAGGCCAUGUAGUAUGCAUGGUUCUGACCCUGAAUGCUAUCAGGUGCCACCCUGGAGAGAACUUGCCCCAGAUGGGAUCUUCCUGAACAGCUGGCUUCUUGCUGACCUUCCAUCUCCCUGGCUCUCAUCAGCUGAGGGAGUGGAGGGGAAGGCCAUGCCAGCUUGCUACAAAGCUUUCUCCUUUCCUGCUGUUCUUCUCUGCAGAUGCCCAUACCUUAGCUGUGUCAGCUGCUAAUAAUCUCACUGGGUAGGAGUUUAGACAGCUUUUAGGAGCAAGCUUCAGUGAUGUCAGAUUUGGCCUACAUCUCCUACAUAGAGAAUUUUGCUACAAUGCAGAGGUGCUGGUGGCACUUGUACAGACCUGCGCUUGUGCCAUGCCCAAUUCUGUACCUCGGUCCUUAUUGUACCAGUCACAUUGGUGACAUCAAAUAAUACGCUAGAAUGCUAAAGAUUGGCCAGUCACCACCAGUUAGCUCACAUAGGUAAGGAAGGUCAGACUAAUGGAGCCUGGAAGCAGAUGGGCACCUGCCCUGCCGGUAACAGGGACUGUGGCCUGCUGGCUCCUCCCUGUGGUGGCUGACAGGCAUAGCGGCUCCACUGUCUUGAGACAGAUUCCUUGCUUCAUCUGAGGCUCAGGCUUUCUUGAGGAUCAAUACAGUACAUUAGUGGUGCCAAGGGACUGAGGAUCCCCAGUUUGUGGCAAUUAGAAAAGGUAGAAAGGCGGUAUUGAUUAAUGCUGUGAUGAUGCCAGACCCUCAUCUUUUAACCCUCCGGAAACCAGACCGAUUCA